AUGGUGAGAACCACCGAAGACGUAUUUCCUUGCCUCAUCUGUAAUGAAAAAUACUCAUCAGGGCCAAGUUUGGAAAAGCACAUUUUUUCGCACAUACAUGUUGAAAAUUAUUUCAGACCAGGAGAUGUGAAUGAUUAUCCAACUAUCAACAUUGUGGAAACAAGUCAGCCUACCGGCUCUAAUGAACAUUGUGGAAAAGGUAUUACAAAUAUAACUUCUUUACAAAGAGCUGGCAAAUGGAAAAUCGAUGUUCAUGCACAAUGCAGAGAAAGUUGGUUGAUUGAUAAAACUGACCCAGCACGUAAUAGCGAGCAUCUCAACAUAACCACUGUACCAGACUGGAAGUUACAAACCAAGUCACUCGUUCAUAUCAACAGUGUAGACGAACCAUAUAUUUGCAAACAAUGUGGGAAGGAACUGAAAACAAAGAAAAGUUUGAAUAGACAUAUGAGAAUUCAUACCGGGGAAAAACCUUAUAUUUGUGAACUUUGUGGAACAGGUUUUUUGCAUUUAUCUCAUUUACUUAGUCAUGAGCGAACUCAUGAUAGAAAGAAACCUUAUGUUUGUAAACAAUGUGGAAGAGGUUUUUCCCAAUCAUCUAGUUUACAUAGACACGAGCGAACACAUACUGGAGAGAAACCUUAUAUUUCGUAUUUCAAUGUUCGAGACACUGGUGGCGCUGUUACACUGUCAAUCUGUCCUUUGGUAUCCAGUUAG